UGAAGUAGUGAGUGUUGUGCGCAUGCGCAGUUCGUUUCUGUGGAGUUUGAUCCCUGAGCUGCAGCAGGAUGGCGGCCGGGUCGGCGCUGCGGGUCCAUGCGGUCCGGUUCGGUCCGGGUCAGGAACUGCUGGGAUCGCUGCAGGCGUUUGUGGAAGAGCGACGACUCAGAGCGCCCUUCGUCAUCACCUGUGUGGGCAGCGUUACCAGGGCAACGCUCAGGCUAGCAAACGCCACGGCAACAAAUACUAACGAGGUCCUGCAGCUCAGCGGUCGCUAUGAGAUCGUCUCUCUGGUCGGGACGCUCAACAGCGACGCCCACCUCCACAUCAGCCUGGCGGACGCCCAGGGCGCCACGGUGGGCGGCCAUGUUCUGGGCGGCCUGGAGGUGUUCACCACCACUGAGGUCGUCGUGGGCGACGCCGUCGACCUGCGUUUCAGCAGGGAGCCCGACCCGAGGACGGGCUUCCCCGAGCUGGUGGUUCUGACCCGAUCAGAGGUGGAGAGAGCCACCUGAAGAGGGUUCCGGACCCGGACCCGGAACCGGUUCUGUCUGAUAAAAAUGUCCCUCAUUAAAUCGCUGUCAGCUUUCCGUAGCCGACCCAGAACCUGUGGCCAGCAAAUCAGAACCAGAAUCAGAACCAAUCGUUUGUAAACAGCGUUUCUGUGAAAUAAUUGACCUUUGACCCCAGCCUCUCUGUUCCUGCUGAGCUGUGAGCGGUUGCUAUGGAAACAGAUGAAAUAAAAGCCUGUUGGUUUGUUUUGAAGCUGA